CAAGAACACAACCUUUCCUAGCGCUCUUACAAAGAACUUGAAGACUUCACGAUGACUACUGAGGUCGCACUUGAGACCACUCUGGGCACAAUCACUGUCGAACUUUACGGCGACCAUGCUCCGAAGACAUGCAAUAACUUCUCUACCUUGGCCCAGCGCAAAUACUUCGACGGCCUUAUCUUUCAUCGCAUAAUACCCAAUUUCAUGAUUCAAGGAGGCGACCCUACCGGCACCGGCCGAGGAGGUGCGUCGAUCUACGGCGAGAAGUUUGAGGAUGAAAUCACACCCGCUUUGAAGCACACCGGUGCAGGUAUACUGAGCAUGGCAAACUCCGGCCCUAAUACCAAUGGAAGCCAGUUCUUCAUUACACUUGCUCCGACUCCAUGGCUGGACGGAAAGCAUACUAUCUUUGGCAGGGUCAAAAGUGGAUUACAGGUCGUGAAGAAACUGGGUUUAGUCAAGACUGAUAAAGAAGACCGGCCAGUGGAGGAAGUCAAGAUCGUCAGAGCAUAUGUGGUUGCAAAGAAUGACUCAAUAUGAGGGGCUCUCUUGUGGACAAGAUAUUAUUACCAUCGCCACGACUGUCUAACGACGGCGCACCCAAGAGACAACGCUCGGCUGCGAUGCAACGCGGACUACUACUACGGAUCUUCCCUGCGACAAUAGGACCUUCCGCGACUUUCCGGUCUCGUGUCUACACAUGUCUACAUCAAUGGCAUGGAGAAUAGCUUACGGAAGUAAAGAUGAAUUAGAACCUUAGUGUAGCCCUCAAUCCUCUUAUCGAACUUCUCAUACGCAUUGGGCGCAUCGUCAAUAUCAAUCUCAUGCGAUACCACAAAGCUCGGUUUUGCCUUGCCCGAUAUUAUCAAGUCACGCAAGUAUCUGUUGUAGGACUUGACGUUGCAUUGGCCAGUGCCCACCGUCAGGCCC